AUGGUUAAUUGCGAAAAGGAUGCCAAGAAUCUGACCGAACCUGAUAUCAUGGGGUUUGGGAUAAGCCUUUAUCUUUCAAGGGUCUUUAUCAUCAACGUAUUUGACGCCAAAGAAAGAGAAGACACCAGGGUAGCAUCAACAAAUGAGAUACAGAAGAACUCAGAGAAUUCCGGGGAGAGUCAUGUAGCACUGAACGCCCAUAAGUCCUCGACAACACAUGAGCCCAUUACAAGAAGCGAAUCAUCAAGGCGUUCGAAUACUGGAACUCUACAGGUGGAUGGUAUAGACCGUGAAGAGACAAACAUAAGGGGACAAUUUAACCCUGCCGGUGGGCAAGACUCCGGGCUUCCGACACCUGGCAGAUCAAGGACCUCUCAGAUGGAGUCAGGAGCCACUGUGAGUCUAUUUCUUCUUUCCUACAUCUUUCGCUUGCUUUUGAUGUGGGAGUUUUGUUUGAUAACGACAGAACAUCUAUGUUGA